AUGAGCGGCCUAGAAGCUCAUGCGAGGCGGUAUAUGAGUGUCUUUGAAGACGCACUUGAUAUUCGGAAGAUUCUGGCCUUGGACAGAGAGGUCUUUCCUAUGGUUGGUACAUAUCACGAGGUGUUUUCUGAGUAUUUUGAGUAUCUGAGGGAGAAGCUGGAAGCUGCUGUUGAAGCGAACGAAGACUUCAAUGAUCUGAUCAAUGGGUUUGGGCAGGAGUCUGACCACUUCGUUGUGAGACAUGUGAUGUCAUUAUAUGCGUCCAGAAUCGCUAAGCUUGGCAAAGACGUUGAGGACUUAAAGGCUCUUACAGAGAGUCUACGGAAAGACAAGGUUAUCAAACUGAAUGACUCCCAAGUGGUAUUUGAAGAAUAUAUUUCAAUGCCUCUCGUCGAUGAACCUGCUCGUGCUGCUCUGAUUCCAGCAAUUUUUGAAGCAUCAUCAAGUGAUACGGAAUCAGGUAGUGAGAAUCGGUUUGUCAGGAUUAGGAAGGAUAAAUGA